AUGGAAGCAUACGGACUUUACUUCGAUGACAACAAUAAAUUACGAGCACUUGAUCCUGAAGUUCAAAAAGAUUCUCACGCCUUGAGCGAUGGGUGCAAGGAAUUUUUGGGAAAGUUUGGAGAUUUUAAUGAAGUUGUUUCUGAAUGGAUAACAUCUGUGAGUAAACUAGCCCAUGAAAUCGAGACGACAAAAACCAAAGCAGUUGGCCAGCAAAAUUUAUUGAAGUCAAUGGGAAAGGAACGAGAAGUGAAGCGCCAACAGUUACUGGACAUGAUUCAAGAAAAAAAGAAACAGAAAAGUCGCUUGGACGAGGAGUUAGAUGCUUUGAAAAAAGAAGAGCAAGUUCAAGAUUCGUUUAUCAAGCGAUUCAAAGACCAGCAAUAA